AUGAUGAACGAACCGCUCUACAUCGCGUCCACACAAGGUCAAGUGGAUGGCUGUAAUGACGAUAGCAACUGUGACCAAUAUAUGCCUUUUGCAAAAUGUCAUACCACAGCAUCAGAUCCGGCAAAGCAUUUGUAUAAAGGCCUUUGUUACUCAACAAACGAGACGACAUUUAUUACAUCUGCCACUGAAGCCACUUCUGCAUCUACCACUGAAAUGGCCACAGAAGAGAGUACUACAAUGGCUGAAACGACUGAAGCAUCGUCUAUGACAACUGAAGGAAGACAACUAUGGAAACAACUGACAACUAUGGGUAUGACGACUGAAGAAACAACUAUGGGUAUGACGACUGAAGAAACGACUAUGGGUAUGACGACUGAAGAAACGACUAUGGGUAUGACGACUGAAGAAACGACCAUGGGUAUGACGACUGAAGAUACCUCUAUGACAAGUGAAACAACGGCCAUGACUACUGAAGUAACUUUUACAGAAGCAUCAACAACAACAACACCCUUUUAUAAUCCCAUGACAGACAUAAUUCGCAUGAAUAUUACCAACAUGCACAAUUAUCGCAGGUCAAGACUCGCCCAAGGAUUAGUCCCGAACGGUAUGACAGGCACUAAACUUCCCCAAGGAAUGAAUAUUUAUAAACUGACGUACAGCACGACAUUGGAGCACGACGCUCAAGCUUAUGCGAACACCUGCCCAUCCAUGGGCUCCAGUCAGUCGUCGCGCAGUGGUCAAGGCGAAAACUUUGCAACGAUUUCGACCAGCGAAGCUAAUUCAACCCUCGUAGCAAUUUUCAGAGCAAUUCAACAAUUUUGGCGUGUGAUCAAAUCGCAGAGCAUCAACCCGUCAAUGGUGUUUUCGGGAACGCUUAUUCAAAACGAAUAUUUGCAAUCAUUUACACAG